AUGGCCGCCGACACCCCCGUGUUUUUCCUCGAUGCCUUUGCCAUGCGGCAGUUCACAGACCCCACGUACCAAGGCACGCGGCUCAAGUGUUCUCCCGAAGAGUUUGCCCGUCAGGUCAACGAGCGCUGUGGGCUCCAAGAUCUCAAAGACGGUUAUGCCCCCUUUUGCAAACACGUCUUUGUCGAAAACUUUGUCGGAGCAUCUUGCCCCGUCGUUGAGCUCAAUGCCGAAACCGAACAGCUCGUCACGUCUGCCUACAAGGCGCGCACGGAAAAGGAACUACCUGUGCUGACUCGCUGGAUCCCAGCUGACCGCAUUCAGGCUCCGCAAGCCAAAUACCUGGACGUCAUCCUGUACAGCCGUGAGCAAAUCAUUGACGAGCACAAUGCCAUGAAGGACGAAAAUGUCGACAUUCCCGACAGCCCCUGGGGCAUCAUUUCCGUCAAAGCCCAGAUGGAACCGUUUGAGACGCCAAUGCAGCCCAUCACCAUGAUGCGCAACGCGCUGGGCAAGGAUGAAGGCGGCUCCGGCGUCACCCUGGAUCGCGCCAAGUACCAGGAGAGCGUUGAGUACUGGUCACGUCACGUCCCCAUCGCCUAA